AUGGGCCACGCUGUGCAAACAUACAUUUUUUCCAGAAGAGGCGCUUGCGUACCGUUCACACGUUCGGUACAUGUGUGUGGGACCGGUGUUGGGAACCGCCCAAGGGAACAGUACAAUGAAAACACAGCUUUCAUCGAUGGCAGUUCUGUGUACUCCUCAGAGUCUGUGACCUUACGUACCCUUCGCACAGGACCUUUCUUGAAGACACAUAUUGUAAAUGGUCGCAUGUUCCCACCAAACAAUGGAAGAGAUUCGAUGACUGCUGGAGAUGACCGCGCGACCCUUUUUGUCGGUUUGGCUGCCAUGCAUACUACUUUCCUUCGCUUGCAUAAUGGGUGA